GUGUUAAGUGCGAGAAGGAUUAUAUGAAUUUAAAAAUGCGGCUGUUUCUGGUGAUCUAUGUCUUCGUAUUGCUUUCGCUGACGCAAGCUAAGCAGAAAGCCGAAAUGCAGAAGUCAGAAGUCACGAAGCUGGAAGUGGUGAACCUUGGCGAAAUUCAAGUUAAAUCCAAUUCCAAGCAAUUCGACGUGCAACGGAAACGAGAUUCCGGAUACAUCUAUAACAGGCCGAAUCAUGUCUCUUCAAAUGCUCGGUUUCGCAUCCAAACGCAACCAUCCAGAAAUCAAAUAGCAUUUAAGAUCCCUGGCCAGUUGAACAGACCGUUUACGAAAUAUGGAUCUCCUAUUCACUCGACUUCCAAUCAGGCCACACAUGAAUUUCAUGCUCAGCAACAUCAGAACAAAUUGCAGUACAACGUCAAUCAACAGCAAUCAAGCAGUUUCGGUGGAACAGGACUGGUGAAACAGGAAAUACCGAGCCCGAUUAGAAACGUUGAUUUUACGGAGGUGAAUCCGAUUGCUAGUCAAAAUAAUGAGCCGUUUGGCAUGCACACCGCUAAUUAUUUACCGCCGCAAAAUCAAAAGCUGCCGGUUUAUUCUUCGACGAAUAAUUUCAAUUCACAGAACAUUCCAAAUCAGGGACAAAUUCACGGUACAAACUCACAGAGCCAGAAUUUCGCGCAGGCUCAGAAUCAAAUUUCCGACGCAGCAUUCUUCUUGUCCGAGAACGCGCAGGCGAUCCAGCAACUUUACGGCGCACCCGCAAGCAAUCAAGACUUUGCGCCCAGCAAUAAUCAAUUUCAGAAUAUCGGUAAUCAAAUUCAUAAUCUAAAUGGUCAGUUUGAGACCUCGCAGAACUUUGAGGAAUACCGUGACGCGUUGCCGUCAUAUGCAUCGGGAACACUUGAUCCUCGAGAGACUCUGGAACAAAUUCAAGCUUUAGAGAAAGAUCGGCUAAUCAUUCAAUUGCAGCAGGCCCUCGCUCAGGCUCAGAUUAACCCGCGCGCAAACACGGCGGGAAGAUAUGCUCAGAACCAAGCAGGUUUUAUUCAGAAUCAAGAACUUUUGGCCUCCAUAAGUAAACAGCAAGUAAACUCGCGUAUUCCCACGACGUCACAAUCUACAACUGCUGGCUCUGGAAACACCGCGUUCAGUCAGUCUACCUUUUUACCAGACACCACAGUCAACCCUUUGGGAUUAUCCGUUAACUACGGUAUUCCGACUACUACUCAAACUCCGACAACAACGGUAGCAGCGGGAGUUUUCACUACGCAAUCUUCAUCGCAAUCAUCUAAGGGUGAUAGUACUGUCCAAAUAGUAUCAUCACAACCCGCUUCUAAUCAGCCUGGUUUUUCCGCGAUUGGAUCUCCCGCGGGGAUCCCCGUUUAUGGUGGAUUUGUACCGACUUUCAUCACGGGAACCAACUUGGCUCCCAGUUACAGUACCAGCAUCUUGACAUCCGGAUCCUUUAGACCUGAAACAUCGCCCACCCAUUUUGGGAUACCGAUUCCUACAGAACCACAGCAUAAACCGUCCGAAUCAGUACCUUCGACGACAACACCGCCUCUCUCGUCUGUCUCACCAUCCAAUCGACCGGGGGUUGCUCUAUCACCAGCGGCAAUCACCCCGAUAGCUCUGCCAAUUCAACCAUUACGACCUGUUGCUCCCCUCGCGACGCCGAUACAUCCGGUCACCGCUCCUUUACUGCCGGCGAAUCCCACUCAAGUACAAUCCAUUCCUGUAACGUCCAGCGUGCAACACACGUACGGCGUGCAAACCGCAUUGAUCAAUCCCGUCCUUUAUAAACCAGUUAAAGCUGUCUAUCCGGUGUACUAUUAUCCCGUGAAUAUUCCCUACCAGCUGCAGAAACCUGUUUCACCGAGUUACCCGUGGAAUUACGCGCCUUCGUACAUGACGCAGACAGGAUCGGCGAAAAUAUGGAAAUAAGGUAUUCCUGUUCCAUGUAGAGCAUAAACGGAGCGCAAGUCGAUCCAUGGUAUUGUGACUGACUGUUUAUCCGCGUGAAAAAGCGAGAGGGAGAGAUUGAAGAAGAAAGUUCGGCGCAA